GUUAAAUCAAGAAAAUGUAAGACGAAUACAAUAUAUUAAUAUAUAAAUAAAUUAUUAUACUGAGCUUUAUAUACAUUUGUAUAGUUUGUAGUGUAUAAUUAAAGGAUUAAAAAAUCUUAAGUGUGCAUUAAAAAGAAAAAAAUAUGUCCAAAAUAGAAGCAGAACCUGUAGCUGACUUAGAAUCACAAUUUAUACUUAGAUUACCUGUGGAACCAGCUAGAGCAUUAAGAGAAGCAAUUCGGAAUAAUAAUUCAUUAAAAGAUAGAGUAGGCAUUAAAAUUGAUGAAGAUAUGCGUCAUGGUGAAGUUAGAGUAGAUCAUUGGCUCAUGGGUGCAAAAGUUGUUGAUUUACCAACAAUAGUUGAAUCAUUAAAAACAAUUGAUACCAAGGGGUUUUAUAAAACCGCUGAUAUAUGCCAGAUGUUAGUUUGUAAAGAAGAGGAUGACCAAACUACUACAGAUGAGGACUCGCCACAAAAGAAAAAAAAAGAUUCAAACAAAGUUGACAAAAAGUAUUUAUGGCCCCAUGGAAUAACACCUCCCGUUAAGAAUGUAAGGAAAAGAAGGUUUAGAAAAACUUUAAAAAAGAAGUAUGUAGAGGCUCCAGAAAUUGAAAAAGAAGUUAAACGACUUUUAAAGAUUGAUAAUGAUGCUGUCAGUGUUAAAUGGGAAGUAAUUAAUGAAGAAGAUGAAAAUAAAAUAAACAAAGGUACGGUAGUUAAGAAAAGCCCCAAAGAACCCAUUAAAAAUGUUGCCGAGCAUGAUAUAUUUGGAGGAGCAGUUAGUGAUUCAGAAGAUGAAGACGCUCAUCUUAAUGUACUGGACGUUUUGGACGAGACUAGCCAAAAUUCAGCAGAAAGUCAUCUUACUGAUUCCAAUUCUGUUCUGAAUCAUUCGGCAGAUUCAAAAAUUCUCACAGAAUUUACCAGUGAUAUGUUUAGAGAAAUGGAACAGUCUUCAAACUUAAUGCAAGAAAUGGAUUACUACCAGCCACCAAGUACUUCAUAUGCAGAGCCAUACUUAAGAGCACCAGAGCAUAAAGGAAAUUUCCAAAUUACCAUUCAAAGUAGACUCGAUGAAAUUAACAUAGAAAUUGCCGAUUUGAAAGCAAAAAGACAACAACAAGAAAUGAAAAUUGAAAAUAUUGAAAAUCUUGCUCUAAGGCAACGGUUUCAAGAAAUAGUAGAAAAUCUUUUACAAGAACAGCUAGAGAAAGAACAAGAGAAAUACGAACUUAUAGACAUGUUAAAACAAGGAUUAGAUUGAUUAGUCUUGUUUUAAUACUGAUCGACAAGUGAAUGCUACAGUGAAUAUUUUUAAUGUACGAAUAUAUUAAAUCCACAUUUUGAUAAAUCUUAAAUUUAUCUAUUUCAAAGAACUCUUUAUAAAAUGUUAAAUUUUUGUUUAUUUUUUAAUAAUUUUAUAAUUUUAAUUUAUUUUUAAUAACUUUUCUCAAAUAAUAUAUGUUUAUGCAGUCCGUCU